AUGUGGUCUGGCAGUAAGGACAUAGUGGAUCAAUUAUUUGAUACCGGCUAUUGGGUGAUUUCGAAAAGUGCUGCUUUGGGCGAUGAGAUCAAGAGUCAUAUUGAAAAAUCAAUUGAAUCCAUUACUGAAAAGAUUUCCAACAAAAAGGCUCCCCCAAUACAAAAAAGCAAUAUCAACAAGCAUGAAGUAUACAAAAGACUGAGAAUCGGCUUUCAGGAUCAUUGGAAGCUUGGACUUGGAAUUUCUGCCACUUCCCUCUGCAUCUACCUCGGAUAUCAGACCUGUUUUAAACUGCCACCCCAUUUGCCUGAGGCAGAAUCCAAAGCCGUUUUAAUAUUCGGUGAUAUGAAUGAUCCUGUAAUAAGGAAUCAAGUGAUGGAUUUAUAUCGUAGACGGUUUACGGUAUACAUUUGUACAGAAAAUGCGGACGUUUAUAAGAAGCACGAGGAAGACCAGGAUUUCGUAUAUUACAUUGAUCCUACUUGUGAAAAGGACUUUGAGGCGCUUUUAUUUGAAGUGCCAAGAUUGAUAUCAAUACUUUUCAUGCCAAGGUUAUCCUACCAUCCAUCUGGGUUAAUCUCAUGUGACUCAUUAGAGUCUGAAAUCCAUUCAAGUAUUUUCGUGUAUUAUCAAGCAUUGUUGAGCGUUAUACCUCAUUUAAAGGGAAAGACCCAACUGAUCUUAUUCAAUCCGUCGUUGACAUCGGAGCUAAACUUAGUUCAUCAUAGUACUGAAAUUAUAACAUCCGGAAUAAUCAACUCAUUAUUCAAAGUUUUCAAGAGAUAUCGGAAUUUAAACGUUUUCAUGAUCAAGCUAGGUAUUCUACAAAUUGGGUCCCAGCCAUCGAACUAUAAAUUCCUGAAGAUGCCAGGUUCAGAUAUUCACGAGGCUCUACAUUAUCCCGUUUACAAAAUGAUAAUGUGUGCAAAUGGAUAUAAAUUAAGACAAAUGUUGAGUUCGCUAACGACUUUGAAUGGUUGGAACAAUAUCUAUCAUUGCGGCCGAUUUAGUUACUUAGUCUCAUGGCCGUUUGCCUCACUUAUCAUUAAUCAUCAUACUUGCUUUUCGUUCGAACAUUUCAGAAAAAGGUUAGUAAAAGCUUACAAUAGUAUAAUUUCGAUUCUUCCAACAUCAUCUUCGAAAACGUCUAAAUAG